AUGGUGCCAAACGCCUUGGAGUCAUGGCUGGGCAAGCUUGAUCCAUCUGUCCGCGAAGUCAUCAAACGCAUAGACAAACACUACGGUCACCAAGCUUGGAUAGUUGGAGGCGCCGUCCGGGACGUGCUGUGUGGCUACAAGCCAGCCGAUGUGGAUGUUGCGACUACGAUGACACCCGCGAUGCUGCAGCAGAUUUUCCCUGAUCUUAUUAUGACCGGUGCAAAGUAUGGUGUCGUGACUGUGAAGCACAAGGGCUGCCUGGUGGAGUGUGCACAGCUCCGUAAAGCACCACAGGGCUCGGACGGGGCACGCCAAGAACACUCCGAGCUCGCAGACAGUCUUCUGGAAGACUUGCAAUCCCGCGACUUCACGGUGAAUGCAAUGGCGGUGGAUCUGACUCGCAAGGUGAUGUACGAUCCCUUCGGCGGACGCGGCGAUGUGAAAGAUCGACGAUUGAGGGCUGUGAGCUUUCCCCCCGAGCAGAUGAUGCGACAGGACGGUCUGAGGGUUCUGCGUGCCUACCGCUUCUGGGCGGCCUUCAGUGAGGUCCCUUGGACACUGCAUGAAAGCUUGGCCAAUGCACUUCGAAAAGUUGGAGGCCAGCUCUUAGCGAACACUGCCAGACAAAGAAUUCUGAGCGAGCUGAAGAAGAUCCUGAGCCGCCCCAGAGGUUGGGAAGCCAUGAGGCAGAUGGCGGAAGAUGGGGUGCUUUCUGCCAUCCUGGGUCAUCCAGUAGAUGUGGAAGGUCAAGAGCUGAGCGCUUUGAAGGCCCUCUACGCGCUGCCCGAAGUAACGGCAUCCCUGAUGCGCCAGAGGCCGAGGGCGCUGGAGAGGCCGGUGACCUACCGCCAAAGCCAAACUGCACGGAAGGGCCCAUUGCUCUUUGAGGAUCCGCUCCAACGACCAACGCCGGCCAAGAGACCGCAGCCUUUCGAGUUCUACGCAGUGGUCGACUUCGAGGCCACCUGCUGGGAGCAGGGCCAGAAGGCGGCAUCCCAGGAGAUCAUCGAAUUUCCCGUGGUGCUGCUGCAUGCAGCGUCUGGUGCCUGCGUGGGUGAAUUUCACAGCUUCGUCAGGCCGAGUACGAAGACGAGGCUCUCACACUACUGCAGGUGCCUCACUGGCAUCUCCCAGUCCACCGUGGACGAGGCUCCCUACUUCAAGGAAGUGGUCGCGAAGGUGUCAACCUGGCUCCAGGAAAAAACCAAAGGCGCUGACCUUGCCUGGGUUGCAGAUGGCGAGUGGGACCUGGAGGAGAUGCUGCCUGCCCAGUGGAGGCGAAGCUUCGGGGAAGCGCGGAUGCCUGAAAGCUGGAAGCAGUUCAUCGACGUGCGCCAGGUUUUCCAGCAAGUCCACCCAGGCAUGCUGAGGCCAGGAAUCGGAAAGAUCCGGAUGAUGUGCGAGUUUCUGCGCAUCCCAAACUUGGGGCCUCUCCACUCUGGCAUCGCCGACACGCGCAACGUCGCCCGCAUCGCGCUGAUGCUCAUGAGGGAAGGUGCUGUCUGUCAGGCUUUCCCACCCAGAGAUGCCCAGCGGCUCCCUCGCCCCUUUCCGUCACCGCCCAAGAAGGAGAAGCAGGAGGUGAAGGCGACGAAGGCGAAGCUCAAGUGCCAAGCAACUUCUCGGAAAAUCCAGGCUUUCGAAGAGGCCAUGACUCUCAUGUUGGCACGGAUGGAGGGUGACGAGGCUCUAGAGCUUAUGAAGCAGUUGCACUUCAGCAAGCUCGAGCAGAGAUUCGUCACGGAGCACGUGCAUUGCCUCGGAGAGCUUCCGGCUGGCGGGGACGCGGGAGCAAUCCGCCGCUUCCUGGUCGCCUGCGGCGAGGACUUCGCCUUCGCGCAGCUGCGCCUGGAGCGAGCCUGGCUCUCGGGCGGAGAAGCGCAGCUCGCGCCGCAGCAGCUCGGGCAGCAGCUGGCGCAGCUCGCGGAGUUGGAGGAGGCCUUGGAAGCGCAGCUCGGCGACAAGGAGGCCUGGGAACGGCUCCAGAAGCCGCUGGCAGAUGGCCGUUGGAUCCAAAAGGAGACGGGCUUAGACUUGGACAUGGUGGGCCCCAUCAAGGAGUGGCUCUACUAUCAGCAAGUUGACCAAGACCUGAAGUCAUUAGAGGAGCUGAGGCACCAGCUGGAAGGCCUGGGCAUGGAGUCUUUGGAGAUGCAGUCGGCGCCGAUGGUGUCAUGGCCACCGGACAGGACCUGCAAGCAGCUUCCGGGAAAAAGCGCGUGCGAGGCUGCAGUAACGGACUGCAAGUGUCAAAUUCAUCGAGAAGCCGACAUGAUUCCAGGGGCCAAGCUUAGCUACGACUUGGAGAUUAACGAUCGAAAUGGAAAGACAAAGGCAGUUCGCGUGAAGGUCGAAGCCCCCGGUGACCCCAGCUACUCGUGGAAAGGCGGCGGUGGUGGCGGCGGCGGCAAAGGAGGUUAUGGCAAAGCUCCCGCAGGACGAAGCCACGGCACCGGCCCCUAUGGCCAAUCCUACGGAGGUGGCAUGGGUGGGGGUGGCUACGACGGCGGUGACGCCGCCUACUGGCAGCAAUUAAUGGCAACCAUCACGCAGGCAGCGCAGGCAAUGCAGGGUGGCGGCUAUCAGGGGGGUGGUGGAGGUGCGGCGGGGAGCGGAGGGCAGAACAGAUGCAGGGACUCUCUCGCCGCAGAGGGCGCGGAGUGGAAUGGCAAGCUCAAUGUCCUGGAGUUCUCCGCAGCUUCGUCGACGGGGUCCGACCCCGUGGAACGACACCCUGCGGCUGCCGGGGAGCUCAGUGUCUCUGACUGUCGCAGUCUACCAGAAACUUACGGGAGGCCGCGCGAGGGGCCACGGCCUGGUGGUGGCCGCUGUGAGGUCGAAGUCUCAGCUUGGCUUGGCUCCGUCCCCCAUGCUCUCCGGCUCAAGGUAGCGGAUAUGGGCAUGGCCAUCAAGACCGAUUCCUUACGAGAGAAAGUGGAAGCUGAGGCAGCGCGAAACAUGGAGGCAUCCCAUCGGGAGAAGACCAUGAAGAAGUCCCCCAAAAGGACCAUGCGACAGACGACGGCGUCUGUCGCCUCCCCUAGUGCAUCGACACUCGCAGCGACUUCGGCGCUCGCAGGUGGCGAUGAGACUGCACUGAUUAGGAGGGCAGAGCAGCUGGACGGACCAGAGGCUCGACGCCGAAUCGAGCUGCAGACAAAGUUCAACAAGGUGGAAGUGGUGCGGCAGGCCGAUCAGAAGUUCAUCCGAGAGCGGGCGGAGAAGCACAAGACGAUGCGCGACGAUCGCUUCAAGCGUCUCGUCGAUGCAGUCUGUGAUCAUGGAGGCCUUGCUAUGGAAUGCGCCGAAAACCUUGCUGCAUUCGAGCAGCGCUAUCAGCAGCGUCGAUGGGACCUGUAUGCCCAGUGGGACGAGCACGUGUCACAUCCCCUGGCUAAGCAGGCCUUUGACUACAUCAAUCCAGCCGACCGUGCAGCGCAGCAGAAGCUCAACGGCUCGAAAUCUGUCAGCUGGAAGCUCCCGCACGAGAAGCCUCAGCUGAAGCUCGACGUGUCCAAGGACCCCGCUCGACGUCAGCUUUACGACACCGAAGCCGAGAAAAACUUUCACGAGGUGGCCGAGACCGUCCUUGGCCGCAGCCGCAGCUCCCCGGAGAUCCUGCGGCGCUCAGCCAUGCGGGACCCGCGUGUCGUGGGCACCCGAGCCCUGAGCCGACCGGUGCUAGAACCGACCGACUGGGGCCAGCAGCAGCUGCAGGGAACACUUUUCGGUCGUUUUGCGCAGGCAUGUGAAGAGGGGCCCAACUUCACGCGCGCGCGGCGUGGCGGGACGAACGUCUUCGUGCCUGACGAGACUGACGGCAUUGAGGCCGCUGGCACGCGCUUCAGCCGCCUGCAUGGUCACCAUGACAUGGGCAUACUCCGUGGAGACACGGGCUCACAGGGUGAGACCUCGAAUUUCAAAACCCAUGAAGGAAGCUCUUCGGGCGCGCCUGCACAAGAUCAUUUCACUUUCCAGCACAGCAGGGAGAUCACCGACCUCGAGUUCCCUUUGGGAAAGAAGGCGUGGUUUCGCUCUGGCACAGUGCUGUCCCUGCUGCUCAAUCUCGAAGGUCUUUCCAGAGUUCCACUGAGCGGGUCCAUCAGCAUCCCAAGACCCAAGCGCCGGCCCUUCCUCGCAAUGUUCGGCACCGGAGUAGCUGCCGGACAUCCAAACAUGCAGGCACAUCUGAACCAGGCCCUUGCCAAGCACAAUCCGAACUACAAAGCGCUGUACGUGUCGUGGAACGACAACCAGCGCCAACAGGGCUCAUGUUUCGGCAGCAACAUCACAGACGCACGCCUCAAGGGGAAGGAUGGAGAGGACUUUCUGGUGGUGCGGCCAAAGAACUUCAACGAGCGAAUCGGUAGAGUAAAAGCGGCUGAUGUGGCGCUUCUGGUAGGCAGCGGAACAAGCCUCCGGCCCGUCACGUUAGAGGAGUACCUGCGAGAUUUCCAUUCCCACGCUGCGUACGCUGGUUCGGUUCCUGCUGGCACCUCGCUUCUAUCGGCAACGCGUGAUCAAAGUGUUGGCAUCCGGUUCCAGGCCGUAUUCCUUCCAGUCGCUAGCCAUUCAUCAAUCUUCGGGACCACUGGACCGAAGGCCAAAGAGUUCUAUCCCGACACCUACAACUACCAAACGAAGAGUUGGGAGGAUCCACGGAACUUGGUGCUUCUUUGCACUUCUCAGGGCACUUUCGUGCAGCAGGAUGGGCCAGGGAGUGUGCCCCAGUUUUUGCACAGCUCCGAACUGGGAGGGUGGCGCAAGAAGUACCUGGAGGCCGCGGUGACGCGGCAUGGGGUCACCAUGGGACAAACUGAGACCGCAGAAGAGAGGGCAGAGGCCUUGCGCCAGGGCAAAGCAGCAUCCACGGUUAUUGGGACUAGGGCGAUGGGAACGGGCUUCAACCGCCUCAUGACGGUUCAGAUCCCGAUGAAGCAACAGAGAACUUUCGGCGCCAAUCUUUUCGGAGGACCGUCCCCCACUGCAUGGGCUCCCACGUUCCCAAGCUCCACGCCAGGCAGUUGCUUCGGUGGCCCAGCGCCAGCGUGGGGCUUGGGUGGCAUGGGCUGUGGACUGGCAGCACCCGGAUGCGGAGCUCCAGCUCCUAUGGCCUUCGGAGAUGCGAUGGGCGCUCCUUUCGGUGGCGCAUCUUGCCAAGCCUUCGGAAGUUCAAACUCUGCGUGCCAAGCACAGGCUGCUCAGUGCGACAACCUGCUCUUAAAAUCGCUCUCACUCGCGACGGGAUCUGCUUCUGCGCAUGCCGCUCGCGUGUCGACUGGCUCCGAUGCGGGACCCAUGGACCGGCUGCGCAUGGAGCGCUUCGAGAGGGACGAGGGGUGUUCGGUGACCAUCACCGUACAGUUCUAUUUCGUCGUGAGGGAAGGCCGUGGCAUCGAUGAGUCGGAUAUCAGGCGUGCAGUGGACAUCUGUGAGGAAGCUUACAAAGGAUGCUCCUGGGAAGGCAAUCUCAUGGAUGCAGGCUUCCAGUCUGCUUUUGCCAAGAAGGACAUGACGCCAAGUGAUGCACUGAAGCUCUUGAGUCCGCCGUCUUCUGUGCUGGUGUUCCCCGGCAGCAACUCUCUUGUUCCAAAGCCUACCUGGUCGCAGCCGCCAUGUCCUUCAGCGCCAUCGAAGUGCUUCGAUCCCCUCGCUGGUUUGGACCAAGAUCUCAAAGCUUUGCUCUGCAAAGUGCCGUUGACACAGGAAGGAUACGGCUGGCUGCAUGGCACAGCUUUGAGCCUGCUGGAGCAGAAGCAGCAGCUAGAUGCUGCAUUCCACAUCUUCCGUCUUGCGAACGAUCUGCACCUGCAGAUCCACGGGCUGCCGGAUGGCCAUUCCCUUUACAACAUGGCGUGUUGUCAGGCCGUGGUGGUGUCCCUCCAGAUCCAGCAAUACUGCAGCGCCUGUCCAGGAGCCUUCAACCUGGCGAGCUGCUUGCAGGCCCCGGAAAUGGCAGGUGGCGUGGUGGCACCGCAUCUCCCACCCAAACACACCUCCGGAGCCUCUGUGGCCAUGCUGUGCGAUGCCCGCCUUGACGCUGCCGUGGGAUUGCUCUCCAGCGCCAUUGGGGCUGGCUGGAGGCAGCAUGCUCACAUGGCCACUGAUCCAGAUCUGCAGUCGCUUAGAGAGAUUCGCAAGCCGCGCUUUGAUGUUCUGGUGAAGCUUGCGCAGAGCACGGCGCAGGCCUUCGCAUAG